CCUUCCUCAACGCUUUCAGUCUGCCCUCACAUUAUGCGCCUGCGUACUACUAUCUAGGGGCUCCAGAAUUGGGAGAAUCGGUGGGAGUUAGCAAGCUGUGUAAUGGCGGCCUCGGUGUUGCUGUCUGCGGAGAACACCGGACUUACUUUUGCGGUCGGCAAUUCUGGAACUGUAGGCGCUCCCGGGAAUGGAGUUGGGGUACCGGUUCCUGUACCUUGGAAUCGGUCACUGGACAGGGCAUUAGACGAAGCCUCGGCAACUGGUUGCCUCAACCUCAGCGGCAGGAAACUGAAGGAGUUCCCGAGGAGCGCCGCAAACCACGACCUCACAGACACAACUCGGGCCGACCUGUCCCGUAACCGUCUGCCAGAGCUGCCCGUGGAGGUGUGUAUGUUUGUCUCUUUGGAACACCUGCAGCUCUACCAGAACUGCCUGCGCUCGCUGCCUGAGAGUCUUCUCAAUCUCCAGGCCCUCACCUACCUGAACAUAAGUCGGAACCAGUUGUCGACCCUGCCCAGCCCGGUGUGCAGUCUGCCGUUGAAGGUCCUGAUCGCUUGUAACAACAAGCUGGUCUCCCUUCCCGAAGAGCUGGGCCAACUACGACAGCUCACAGAACUGGACGUGAGUUGUAAUGAUAUCCAGACACUCCCUCCUCAGGUUGGUCGACUGGACUCGCUGCGAGACCUCAACAUCCGCCGCAACCACCUGGCCCGCUUGCCCCCAGAGCUGGCUGCGUUGCCAUUGGUGCGUCUGGACUUUUCUUGUAACAAGGUGACAUCCAUCCCUGUGUGUUACCGCAACCUGCGUCACCUACAGAGCAUUGUGCUGGACAACAACCCCCUACAGAACCCACCCGCACAGAUUUGUAUAAAGGGGAUGAUCCAUAUAUUUAAGUAUCUGAACAAUGAGGCCAGCAAGACUACACCUGAGCUCCCAGACUACGACAGGAGACCCCUUGCCUUCGGAUCCUGUGUGGAGGAGCUGUACCCUGGCCGGCCGUAUGGAGCGUUGGACUCUGGCUUCAACAGCGUGGACAGUGGAGACAAGAGAUGGUCAGGCAACGAGCCCACGGAUGAGUUGUCGGACCUGCCACUGCGUGUGGCAGAGAUCACCAAAGAACAGAGACAGCGGAGGGAGAGGGAGGAGCACAGGACGUCUGGCUCCCAUCCUGUUACCAACGGCACAUUAGAGGCAGAGCUGGAGCAGAUUGACUUUAUAGACAGUUGUACAGGAGAGGAGGAGGAGGGUAGGAGAGGAGAAGUAGCAGAAACAAUCAGCCUCAGUUCCCAGUUCAUGGCUUACAUUGAGCGCCGUGUCACCAGAGAGGGCUCUCCAGUCAAGUCCAACUCCCCCAGAGACUCGAGGACAGACGACCCCAGGCGAAACAAUUCUCUGCAGAACCGGACUGCCUAUGAUCCAGACUCUUCUGCCUCUCAUAAUCAGAGAGGUUCAGGGGCUGGGGUUGGUGCGGGUCCGAGCGGGGCACCGGGUGGGGGGGUGGAGCGCGUGCGGAGGAUGGCCCAGUUGGCCGCACUGCGGUACGAGGAGGAGAGGCAGAAGUCACGCUCAGGGCAGCGGGACGCCGUCAUGACCUACGUCAAGCACAAAGCAUCUCAAAGCCCUACCAAGCUGAGUCCCACAGAGAACGAGAACACGUACCCCUCCAGGCGUUCUACCCACACGGAUGACUCGGCCCUCUUCAUGCAGGGCGAGGAUCGCUGCUCCUCCCUGUCUCCCACGGCCCUCCAAUCACCUUCUUACCCCGGCCCUGUUGCCCCGCCCUCCUGCCAGGGGCCCGCCCAGCGGCCAGACAGCUUCUUGUUUCGCCUCAGCCAGAAGGAAGAGCAGAGGAGAGGUGAUGGUGCCGCCCCCAGGCCAGAGCCUGAAGAAGUGACCCCUACCCAGCCUCAAGGCCCCAUGGGAGAGGAGGCUGCUCUGGUGGAGCAACUGCGGAAGAACAUAGAGUCGCGCCUGAAAGUGUCCUUGCCCAGUGACCUGGGAGCAGCACUGACCGACGGGGUCGUCCUCUGCCAUCUGGCUAAUCACGUGCGGCCGCGAUCCGUACCCAGCAUCCAUGUGCCCUCCCCUGCUGUGCCCAAACUGACGAUGGCCAAGUGUCGGCGGAACGUGGAGAACUUUCUGGAGGCGUGUCGCAGGAUCGGGGUUCCACAGACCCAGCUGUGCCUGCCCCUCCACAUCCUGGAGGAGAGAGGGCUCCCCCUGGUGGCCGGGACGGUGCGUGCACUCCUGGAGCUGGCCCCGCCUAAAUACACAACCUCCCCUGCCACUACCACUAACCCUCUGGCCAUGUAGGGCAGCAGAGUUCCACACUCACUCAUGGAUGGACAGACACAGGACCCACCCUCUCGCUCUCCGAAUGUACAUUAUAUGGCUUUCCCUCUCGACCCCCCCCUCGCCCCCUCAACCAUACAGGGUCACCCAGCCUUCCCAGACAGGUCUUCCCCAAUGAAGAGAUGAGGGAGCACGAGUAUGUCAAAGAAAGGGAUGACUGUCUCUUCCACUGUGUCCUCACACAGACUGCUUACGACUUGCAGCCUCUAAAGACUGACGGAUGAACAACCGAGAUUGUCCCAGACAAACGGUCAGUUGGACGGCGAGUAAGAGGGUUUUUUAUUUUCUAUUAUUAGUCAUUCUCUCUCCAUCCUCUUAUCUAUGUUCAGUAGGGGUUGUUUUAUUUUCUAUUAUUAUUAUUUCAUCUUAUUUUUCAUAUUCCUUUUACUUUCACGUGUUAGAUCCUUGCAUGUCAGAGGGGUUGGGUGGGUGUAUGGGGAAGGGUUAGGAGACUAGCAAGUAGUCGGUUGCCUAAGUAACCUUUAAGGUCAUGUGCUACAAAGAGCAACAAUAACGGUGGUGGUCCGUCGUCAUGGGAACAUUGAUGCUGCCAACACUUAAAAUGGCUGUUUUUUUUUGUUUUUUUUUCUGUGGUCAAAUGGCUGAAUCAAAACCAAUGCUGGAUUAGAGAGGGAGAGGGCGCUCCGGGAAUCUCUACGCUUUAUACUUUCUCAAAAUGUGUACAAAACAUUACGAACACCUUCCUAAUAUUCAGUUGCACCCCUUUUUGCCCUUAGAACAGCCUCAAUUCAUCAGGGCCUGGACUCGACAAGGUGUCGAAAGCAUUCUACAGGGAUGCUGGCCCAUGUUGACUCCAAUGCUUCCCACAGUUGUCAAGUUGGCUGGAUGUCCUUUGGGUGGUGAACCAUUCUUGAUACACACUGGAAACUGUAGAGUGUAAAAAAAAAACAGCAUAGUUGCAGUUCUUGACAUAAACCGGUGAGCCUGGCACCUACUACCAUACCCCGUUCAAAGGCACUUAAAUAUCUUCUUGCCCAUUCACCCUCUGAAUGGCACACAUACACAAUCCAUGUCUCAAUUGUCUUAAAACUCCUUCUUUAACCUGUCUCCUCGCCUUCAUCUACACUGAUUGAAGUGGAUUUAAUAAAGGAUCAGCUUUCACCUGGUCAUGGAAAAAGCAGGUUUUCUUAAUGUUUUGUACCCUCAGGGUCAUUAUACAGAAGUGGUGUAAACUGGGACAAAAAAAUAAAUCACAUUUGUAUCCUAUUUUCCCCCAACUUUCAGCACACGUCUUCCAACAUAUUUCAGGUAGACACAUAUAUAUACUACUCACACACUUUGCUUGUAUUGCAUAUUUGAAAUAUUUAUCUGAAUUUACCUUACACCCUCCCCCCCAAAAAAGUGUUAUUCCGAAACAUAGUGAAAAAGUUGCAAUAAAGGAAGCACAAUCGUGAUCAUUUUGAUUAACCUUCUAUUAUAGAUUCAUUGGAGAAAUCAUUUGCAAACAAAAUUGACAAAAUAACAGGCGUUUCGGUUGCACGGGUGUCAAUCAUAGACAUAAAUGGAGGACUCUGAAAGAAAUAACUCGUUUCAGUAUAGACAUUGCCAUAGAGGGCUUCCACUAUUUAAAAGUAGUCAACUGUGUGGGGAUUCCUAUGGGUUUGGAAGUGAUCAGCCAAUGAUCAGAGGGCUUCCUCAAAUUGGGUUGCCUAUUGUUUGUAAACCCACGAGUAAGGUAAUGUCCAGAAGCCAAGGCCAAGAUUUAUACCAGGACUUUGGUCCCAAGAUCCAGACCCAGUGAGUUGAGACCAUGACAAAUUAAAGAUCAAAUGUGGUCUUGAGGGGGACUCAGUCAGGCUUUCAAUUUACUCCUAAAUGAGUGGGCACAUGGUGGUCCUCUGUAGCUCAGUUAGUAGAUCAUGGCGCAUGCAACUUUAAAUGAAGAUGGCCUCAAUGGCACUGCCGGUGCUGUCACAGGCGCCAUAAUGGCACAGAGUCAAAGAUGAAACCUCUAUCUCUCCAUGGUGUCAAUUGUUUCGGUUGUGACUUUUUCAGUUUGAUUUAUUUUGAACAAAUGAGGUUGGUGGCGCCUUAAUUUGGGAGGACGGGCUUGUUGUAAUGGCUGGAGCGGAAUACAUGGAAUGGUAUGAAACACAUGAUUUGUUGCCAUUCCAUUUGCUCCGUUCCAGCCAUUAUUAUGAGCCGUCCUCCCCUCAGCAGCCUCCACUGGCUAACAUAUUGCUUAGCUAACUUUAAUUUCCACAGCCUUAUUCUAAAACAUACAAUAUUUUUUUUCACCUCAUCAAUCUACACACAAUACGCCUUAUUAACCAAGAGGAAGCAGUUUUUUAAAUUAAAUAUCUUAUUUACAUAACUUUUCAGAUCUUUUGCUAUGAGACUCGAAAUUGAGCUCAGGUGCAUCCUGUUUCCAUUGAUCAUCCUUGAGAUGUUUCUACAACUUGAUAGGACAUGAUUUGGAAAGGCACACACCUGUCUAUAUAAGGUCCCACAGUUGACAGUGCAUGUUAAAGCAAAAACCAAGCCAUGAGGUCGAAGAAAUUGUCCGUAGAGCUCCGAGACAGGAUUGUGUUGACUCACAGAUCUGUGGAAGAGUACCAAAAAAUGUCUGCAGCAUUGAAGGUCCCCAAAAACAUAGUGGCCUCCAUUAUUCUUAAGGGAGGUGACCAAGAAGCCGAUGGUCAUUCUGACAGGGCUAAUUAGUUACUCUGUGGAGAUGGUUGUCCUUCUGGAAAAUUCUCCCAUCUCUGCAGCUCUCCACGAAUCAGGCCUUUAUGGUAGAGUGGCCAGACGGAAGCCAUUCCUCAGUAAAAGGCACAUGACAGCCUGCUUGGAGUUUCCCGAAAUGAACCCAAAGGAUUCUCAGACCAUGAGAAACAAGAUUCUCUGCUCUGAUGAAACCAAGAUUGAACUCUUUAGUCUGAAUACCAAGCGUCACGUCUGGAGGAAACCUGGCACCAUCCCUACGGUGAAGCAUGGUGGUGGCAGCAUCAUGCUGUGGGUCUGUUUUUCAGUUGCAGGGACUGGGAAACGAGUCAGGAUCGAGGGAAAGAUGAACAGAGCAAAGUACAGAGAUCCUUGAUGAAAACCUGCUCCAGAGUGCUCAGGACCUCAGACUGGGGCCAAGGUUCCCUUCCAACAUGACAAUGACCCUAAGCACACAGCCAAGACGACGCAGGACUGGCUUCAGGACACGUCUCAAUGUCCUUGAGGGGCCCAGCCAGAGCCCGUAAUCUCUGGAGAGACUUGAAAAUAGCUGUGCAGCGGCGCUCCCCAUCCAACCUGACAGAGCUUGAGAGGAUCUGCAGAGAAGAAUGAGAGAAACUCCCCAAAUACAUGUGUGCUAAGCUUGUAAUCGCUGCAAAAGGUGCUUCAACAAUGUACGAAAUAGAGGGCCUGAAUACUUAUGUAAAUGUGAUAUUUCCGUUUUUUUGUUUUUUUAUACAUGUGCAAAAAUGUUUAAAAAAUAUAAAUAUAUUUGCUUCGUCAUUAUAGGGUAUUGUGAUGAGGGAAAAAAACAAUUGAAUCCAUUUUAGAAUAAGCUGUAACGUAACAAAAUGUGGAAAAAGUCAAGGGGUCUGAAUACUUUCCGAAUGCACUGUAUGUACAGCCCAAAAGAGAACUUUACACAUUUCUUGAUAUAUGAGAUGUUCGGUACUGACACUAUUUAAAAAUAGAUGAAGAUUUACCAACUCAAAAAUUUGAUCUGAAAUGUUUGCAGAUAGACUACUCACCAUGUGGUCAUGCUGGAGAGGGGUGCAAUCCCAUCACCUGGUGAUAUUUGUUGCUUAAGGCACAGUCUUUUAUUGUGUAUGUAUAGUUAGUGACGUCAAUGUGGGACAGCGUUUUUUUUCAGAAAGAUGUUUAAAAAUCAACUGCUAAUUAGAUCAGUAUCUUUCAAUAUAAUAAUAAAACACCUCUCAAUAGAAAUAAGUGUAUAAACAAUUACUUUUUACUAUAUUAAUUUAACAAUAUAUGUGGUAUUGCCUUGGAUUGAAUUAGAACAUAUCGUGAUGUAUAUAGAUGUCCUAAGUUUGGAGACUUAACUUUUUUAAAUAUAUACUAUAUAUAUAUAGUUUUUUCCAGGGUGGGAUUGCAAUUUGUACCACUUGUGUAGAAUCACCCAUGUAUAAAGCUGUAAUUCAUGUGUUUUUCCACAAGGAGUUGUGUUCUCGUGUAGCUACAUGGAUUGGACGAUGUCCCUAAGCGCUGGGCCAGGGAAGUAAAAUAAAAAGUACUAUAAGAAAAGAAAACAGGCCUCUUAAAGGGUUAGUGUUACGAGUGGGAUUGGUUCAAGCUGAUCCUCGACCAGUGUUUCCAGGCAACUUCUUCCUUGAGCACAGCUCAGUCAAGUCUAAUCAAAGGCGUAUGUAUGGGCAGGUUGACUGACAGCAUGACAUCAAGGCCUGCAACUUUGCAUUAGUAUCUGUGCUUUUAUCUUGCAGUAACGGUUAUGUCUUAUUGUAGUCCACUACUGACGAGCUGUUGGGGCUGGCCAGGUUCUGGGGCUAAACAUACACUACCUUUUUUAUUCUCUACAAACCACCUCAUCACUUUCACAGUUGAGUUCAACAUGGAGAGUUGAGACCGUAGACAAGUAGUAGUGAAUAUGACAUAGUGUCUCCCUCAUGCACAGAACUCAUCUUUUAUCACUACAUGUUGCUAAGCUUGUAUGACAUUCAAAUGGAUCUACAGAUUGAACUAUUGACAGUGUUCAAGACACCUUUCCAAUUCUCAUGAUCAAGUUGUUUUUGGUGAAUUGUUCAACCACACCUUAUCGACACAAAUGUGGCUCUUGCUACACACAGGUGUGCAAAUUGCUAAUUUGGUCUGGCAGCGGUUACAGUAAUCUGCCAGACCGGAACAGUAUUUAUUUGUCACUAGCGCUGUCCUUAGUGAAACCCCAUUGAGAAGGCCGUGUUCAUUAGGCACCAAACAGAAGAAAACACACUGAAACAGGAAUUACCUGUACUUGUCCAAUAAGAAACAUUGCAGUUCAGUUGCAUGCCCUAAUGAACAUGGCCCAGCUCUACUUAGAGCAGUGUUACCCACAGAAAGUCAGGUUAACGGACUGACUCUUAGUUCUGAGGCAGACACAACCUCUCGUUCCCAGGGAGGGGGGAUGAGGGAGUGCUAGCCACAGAGCUGGCAAUAAUACUCUGGUGAAGACUGACCCGAGGACCACUGAUUGAUGGGCUCUGGGAUAUUGUAGGCAGAUUCCCAGCCUCCCUUUUCAGAACUCUAUCUAAAAGAAAGUUAAAAACAUACCUCUGAUAUAUAUUUUUCCCUUCAAAAGCUAUGUAGGCUGCCUACAGAUGCACAUCCCUACAGUAAAAGUGAUGUAGACUGGGAAUCAACCUACGUAGCUUCUGAAGUGAAAAAAAUAUCAGAGGUCUGUUUUUACCAUUUUAACUUUGUUUUAGAUAGACUCAGAGUUCUCAAAAGGGAAGUUAAAGGUGAUUUUAAAUAUAUUAUAAAUGUUUUGUUUUGAUAUUUUCACCCUUACUGAGUUGGGCUUUCUCUAGCAGGAAUCAUGUGCCCCUACUGCUGGGUCUGGACCCUGUGACAUAUGUACAGUAAAAUAGAUACAUUCCAUGUGUUUACAAGUAGGUACCACAUAAAGAGAGGACCUUCUUUCAUGACUGCAACAUGGGUCUUUUUAACUUUACAUUUUUACACCGUUUGCUGAGAAAUUGUCCCUGAAAACAUGUACAAAAUUUAAUUAUUAUUUUCUGGAAUGAAUAUUUGGCAUUAAUAAAAGUGACCCAUAUCAGU